AUGGAAAUAGCCAGUGUGGCAGAGUACUUCGAUAAACUUGACCGCCUUAUCGACACUGCAAGUUGGUCGAGUGCAACAAAUGCGGCGAAAUUAUUAGCUAUCAAUGAUGAUCACAGCAGCUUACCAUUUUUACAUAUAGAAGGCUAUGGUUCGCGAAAGAGCCGUUCUUUCAUCGAUGAUGAGGCAUUCGAUCAAAUUACCUGUCUUCAUCUUCAAGUGCUUUACCACAUCCACGUCUCCCAUAAUUACGAAGCUGCUUAUACCACACAUACUCAUAUAAUGCAAACCUUCAUCAAGGAAAUACUGCAAAAAAAGAAGGAAGUCAAUUGGUUUAUGCCAAUUUUCUACCAGUUUUGUUCAGAUCUCCGUAAUGUUGCCAAAAUGGCCGAUGAACUUACCGAGAAAGACGAUGAGGUGGAGAGUGCCUCUUCCUAUUAUGAACAGUCAGCUAAUUAUAUCAUGGAGGCGUACAGGGCUUGUACAUCGGAUGUGUGA